AGGACGCACACGGAGAGAGUCUCAGCUCCGCCGCUCCUCUGCUCCUCUGUUUUAUCAUGAAGAGACAAAACGCCCGGACUCUCGCCCUCAUCAUCAGCAUCCUCACCUACCUGGUGGUCGGAGCGGCCGUGUUCGAGACCCUGGAGUCGAAGCAGGAGAAGAGUCACAAGAGGAAGCUCGACGCCAGAAAGUACGAACUCAUGCGCAAAUACAACUUAACCAAAGAGAACUUCGAGGAGCUGGAGCACGUCGUGUUGCAGCUCAAACCUCACAAAGCGGGAGUGCAGUGGAAAUUUGCGGGCUCCUUCUACUUCGCCAUCACUGUGAUAACGACCAUAGGUUACGGCCAUGCAGCGCCCAGCACCGACUCAGGGAAAGUGUUCUGCAUGUUCUACGCCCUCCUGGGGAUCCCGCUCACGCUGGUCAUGUUCCAGAGCCUGGGUGAGCGGAUCAACACGUUCGUCAGGUACCUGCUGCACCAAGCCAAGAAGUGCCUGGGAAUGCGUCACACCGAGGUCUCCAUGGCAAACAUGGUGACAGUGGGCUUCUUCUCCUGCAUGAGCACCCUGUGCGUGGGGGCCGUGGCGUUCUCCCACUGCGAGGGAUGGAGCUUCCUCCAUGCCUUCUACUACUGCUUCAUCACGCUCACCACCAUUGGGUUCGGAGACUACGUGGCUCUGCAGAGGGACGACGCGCUGCAGAACGACCCUCGGUACGUGGCUUUCUGCUUCGUCUACAUCCUGAUGGGGCUGACGGUGAUCGGAGCGUUCUUGAACCUGGUGGUGCUUCGCUUCCUGACCAUGAACACCGAGGACGAGCGCAGGGACGCCAAGCAGAGGGCCCUGAUGUCCAUCAGUAAGCCCAGAGGAGAGGUGGCUCGUCUUCUGCCGGUGUCGGCCUCGGCCUCUUCCACGCCUGUAGCCGACGACCCAACAAAGGGGAAGGAUUUAAAAGGUGUCUACACGGAGGUGCUGCACUUCCAGACUAUAUGCUCCUGCCUGUGGUACAGGAGCAAGGAGAAGGAGCAGGGCUCCAUCCCCAACAUGAUCCCUCAAGAGCUGACGUUCUCUGAUGCCUACAUGCAGCAGAACAGUAACUGUUCUCACUACAUGGAGCCUGGAUCAACAGGCUGCGUUUGCAGUCCACGCCAGUGUUCAAGCAUAAGCUCCAUAACAACGGGCCUACACAUUCUCUCCCCGUUCAGGAUGUUUAAGAGACGCAGCUCCGUGUAGACUUUCAAUACUGCAGAUUCACUACAGCACAAUGUGUCUAUACUGCCAAGUGGACGGCAGAGACUUGGCAGUCCUCACAGCAAAGACGUGACUGCAAGUUUGUGGUGCUAUAAUCCCAGCAAACAUUAGGACGAAUGCGGAAGGGAAGAGCACAGACAGUACUGUAAACAGUCUAACUCAAAUAUGUGUCUGAGACAGCGUCGUAUGCACGGCUUCAACUAAAAGGUCCUAUGUAGGGGCGCCCGUGUGACAGGGGAAGUCAUCCGUGUCACUACAUGUGAACAUGCUGCAGCGCGUGAGGUGCUCAGUGUACACAGCUGCAGAGCGGCAGAUCAGGUGCUGCACGAGGAUGGUCACAAGUUAGCAGCAUCACGAUAAACAUGUUGAGAUAAAAUACCUGAGACAACAGCUCCACAGUAAACUACAAUUUCAGUGUUUUUGAUAAUAAUCUCAGAGGUGCUGAUUCAACACAGGGUUCAUUCCUUAAAGGUCAACAUGCAGGAUUGUUGGUUACAGUUUGUUAACACACUCGCCAUUGAAAGUGACAGUAAACGCCCCAGAUUCAUUUUCCCUUGGUGUGUCACCUCACUGUAUUUGAGUUUUUUCAGCACUUUGUCUCAAGGAUGUUAGUGUGUCUCCCCGGACGCAGACUGUGGCUCCCAGGCCUUAUUUAUACUCAACGUUGAGACGAAGGCGGACGGAGCCUUCUGUCCGUAUUCUGCGUUCAUUUCAUCCAUAUUUGUGCACGUUUCCUGGAAGCUUGCAGAUACAGAUGAAACAGUGCAGCAGCACCAGAUAUCGUGGGGAUUCUCCGUCCACAUGUUGCGAUGAAACGUUAUAUGGCCUCACAGACCGUCUACAACACUGCCUCCAUUUAACAGUACGACCUCCACUACUGUCGCCUCGUUUGUUGUCUGAAACUUUUGACUCCGCCUCCUAGUGCCAUCUAUUGGCUGUAUUGGUGCCAACAUAAAGGACACAUGGAAGUAUGAAGUCUUACAAUGUGUUUUCAUAUGUAAAGAGAGAAUAAAUGAGCCUUAAGUCUGCCACCUGCUGACUAUUUCGCCUCGCAUUCUCACUUCCUUCCACUAUCUACAUUAUUUAAAAUCCCCUGUGCCACGGUAAACAACAACAACCUCCGAGCUGUCAACUUCCGCACUGAAAAUUGCACGUUUUGACCAAUUUUGGGUCGUGAAAUAAGGCAUGCCUGCUUUGUUCUUUUGGAAAAUUAUUGUGAAGAUGUACAGUGAAUCAGACAACUUGUGAACGCACCUCAGAGAAGCCCAGACUCCGUCUCAUGCCUGAUGUUGAUCUGUUUUCAGACACAGUCAGUCGGAGUUGCCACACUUUCGAAAUGUGUGCAGUCAAAUGAGACCUGAAUACGAAACUUUUUGUGCCAGGGGUUUGAUCUCGGCCCGCCUCAACUCCCCACCGAAUCAGCAAACUUUCCAGAGAAUCUGUGUGGUUUGCAUGAGCUAACACAGCAGCAGCGCUAACACUCAACACUGAAUCAUUAAAUGGUCCAAACGAACUCACAUUGACACUGAAACUCUGUCGUUAAACCCCUUAAAAACAUAACAUUAGCCAAGUGAUGCUAACACUUAGCCCUGUCACUGUGUGUGUAUUUUGCACUGCAUCCUGCACUUAGCUCCGUCCAGGACAAUCGUGAAUCAAAAACGAGCCACAGCAUUUUCCCUCCUGUAGCAGAAUGAUAAUAUGGUGACACCAGACCUUUCUCAAGCGCAGACACAGCGCUGUGAAGUCCGGCCACGCAUGACUACUUGGAGGCCUGCUGCCUUCAGUCUGGUGCCUGGUCGCUACCUUUCCAUAAAGCCCCGACCUCACCUGAGCGCUGUGGGGGAACACGCCAAUAAACGUCCCGGACAUGGAAAAUAAAAAGCAAAAAGAAAAUCCAGGCAGAGAGCAGCCACACUGAGAGUGAGUCAUACAUGAUGACUGAGACAGACAUGACCUCUGUGCGAGACUACACAUUGUUUUUUAGGAAAAUGCCGCAGAGUGAAACUUUAAAGUUGUAGUUUGUGGUGUUUCUAGACGUUUCCCUUCAGAGUGUUUGUGACUGAUGCAGCUCCGACUCAAAGUUGACUCGUGUUCCCCUGAAACUUUCUAACAAACUCAUCAGAGCUGCGCUGAAGCUGACACAUGCUCAGGGACUCAAUAUGACUCAUUUUCUGUGUUGCUGCCUCUGUUAUUGUGCUGGUGCAUCAGUCACACACCUGCUGCAUUACGUAACGCCACAAGUGGAAAAGUUCAAACAACCAUGAUGACAUAUCUCUAACACAGUUUUGUACGGUGAUGACAAGUACACACUCUGAACACACACUUCACUGGAUUUGUGUAACGACACGACGAAGCUCGUGAGUCUACAUCAGCAUCUCUGACACUCAGCUGAACCUUUGA